AUGAUCACCGCAGGCUUCGUCGCCAUUGCCCUCGCCGGGCUGGCCUCGCUCGCCGAAAACGCGGCCCCCUUCCAGGCCCCCGACACCUACUCUCUAAACGGCGCCGGCCUGGCCAACGGCUUCGACGGACUCGCCGCCCGCGACGACGAGUGCCUCGCCAGCCAGGUCGCUUGCGGGACGGGCUUCUGUAUGCCCCGGGGAGGAUCCUGCUGCGACAGGGUCAGAGGGACGUACUGCGACGUCGGGUUCUACUGCUACCCGCAGGGCUGCUGCCCCAGCGGCAAGGUCUGUCGCGGCAGUCCCACGGACGGGUGCGCGUCGGGGAAGCAAGAGUGCGGGAGUGUCUGCAUCGCCGGCUCCAGCGUCUGCUGCAACCCGGGAGCCAGCUCCGGCAAUGUCUGGUGCGAGUACCCGAAGACCUGCGGUGCCGGCGGCAAGUGUGUCGGCAGGGCACUGGUGACGAGCGCCUCGGCCGUGCCGUCGUCCACUCUGCCUUCCUUGGGGAUCGCCGAUGCCACUGAGACUGGGGGCAGUUCGACCAAGGCAACCGGUGACAGUGGCGACGGCGGCAGCAGCAGCAACGACAAUAGCAGCAGCAAGGGCGAUAAGAAGACCCCCGUGGGAGCCAUUGUCGGCGGCGUUGUCGGUGGUGUUGCCGCCAUUGCCUUGGUUGGCGUCGGAAUCCUGCUCCUCCUCCGUCACAAGCGGAAGCAGAAGGAUGCUGCGCCGAGCCAGAACAUGCAGCCUCCUCCUCAUCAGCCUCUCAUGCAGCAAUACCCUCCCCAGACCUCGCCUUACGCGGCAAACAUCUCUCCUGCCCAGGGAAUGGGAUACCCUCCUGCCCCCCCGGGCUCUCCUCCUCCUCCUCAAGGAUACUACAACGCUUCUCCGCCGCCGGGGCAAUACUCUCCUUCAAUGGCUACUGGCCAAGUCAGCUCGCCAACCGGUACAUACUCAACUUCAACUGAUCCUCGAACUGGCGCUCCCACCGUCAGCCCAGUUGGGUUUGCGACUGUCAGUGCUACGCCUCCUCCUCCUCCUCCCGCCAGCCAGGGACGCAAUGGCAAUGAGAAGCCCGUUGUUUACGAAAUGUCUGCAAAGCCGGGCGACGACCACCGCGGCAAUAUCCACGAGCUUGCUUAA